ACAUAGCGUGAAUAACUGGUUUGCGAAAUCGUAUGUAGAGUUUGUUUAGUAGACCAGAGUUUUCAGAAGUAGCAGAUCUUUCCCGUCAACAGGUUCAAUCACUUUCUCAUUUCAACUCAAGCUUCACGAUGGCCGACUUAAGUGAGGAAGAGAAGAGAAAGAGGGAGGACAAGGAGAAGAAAAAGGCCGAAGUGAGAAAGCGCCUGGAGGAGGCGGCCAAGGCCAAAAAAGGGAAGAAAGGUUUCAUGACCCCAGAGCGUAAGAAGAAACUAAGGCAACUGUUGAGAAAGAAAGCCGCAGAAGAAUUGAAGAAGGAACAGGAGAGGAAAGCAGAAGAACGUAAGAAGAUCAUCAUUCAGAGGACUGGACAGCCCAAGUCAUUGGAUGGAUCCAAUGAAGCCACACUUCAGGCAAUCUGCAAAGAGUAUUACGAACGUAUUAAACAACUGGAAUGUGGCAAGUACGACUUGGAGUACAGCGUGAGACAAAAAGACUAUGAGAUCAAUGAACUUACUAUCCAAGUGAACGACCUGCGAGGAAAAUUUGUCAAGCCUACUUUAAAGAAAGUGUCGAAAUAUGAAGGAAAGUUCGAGAAGCUUAAGGCUAUUGCCAAGAACACUGAGAUGGAUUAUCGGGCCAACCUGAAGAACGUCAGUAAAGACAAGUUCAAGCUUGGAGAGGAGAAAGAAUCUGAGCGACCAGAAUGGGCAUUAGGAAAGAAGAAGGAAGAAAAAGUAGAAGGUGAAGAGGAAGAGUAAACAUACUUAUCACGUUCCUAAUAUCAUCUUCAUGUAGAUCAGGUCUUCAUCUUAUUUAUUUGAUGCCAGUAUUGAGAAUGAUUUCUGCUACUUAAAAAAUUUUCCAAUCAACAGCUGCGUGGAAAAAGAAAAACUGUUACAAAAGAUUUAAGUUAUGACGUUAAUAUAUUUCGCGAACUGAAAUCUAGUUAUUAAGAGUUUUCGUUUCCAUUAUACCGUGUUAAAGAAACCUGUGGGUAUGUUAACGUGUUGUUUUAACACAUUAGGAAUAAACACAGUAACACGAAA